GACCACCAAGGAGAACCAUUGGUCUACUCCUCAUUGUGGUUCUCUUAAGUUAAAUAUGGAUGCGGCCUGGGAUGCGGAUUUAAACUCUUGUGGACUGACAAUAGUGAUACGUGAUCCAUCUAGAGUCAUAGUGGGGGGCUCCUCCAGCUCUACAAAACCCCCUCUCAACAGUGGACUGGACGGCUGCUCAGAUUGUUACUCGCAUUCGAGCUCUUGCCUGCCGUUUCAUCGUGUUAACUGGCGUUGGGUCACUAGAAAAGCCAAUGUUGCUGCUGAUCAUCUGGUGGCUUCCAUGGCUUUACGUAGGGUGUGUCCUGUUGAUUGGUGCUCCAAUCCUCCCCCCUCCCUAAUGCUUAUUUUGCUUUACGAUGUUGCAGCCCCUCCUUAGCUAGGCUUAUAGAGCUGUUUCUUGCUUUCUUGUUUUUUCGUUUUCUGCUUUCCUUUGUUUCUUCUGUAAUGUUUCUUCA